AUGGUUGCUUACGGCACCUACGCGCUACUGUGGUUGUGGUGGACGGCGUGCCUGUGUCCGGUGAGCGGGCGAGACUUCAAGCUGGGCCUGCUGAUACCCCAGGGCCGGGCGCACCGCCUGUACGGCUGGGAAACUACGGCGGCUGCCACGUCCAUCGCCAUAGACACGGUCAUGCGGGACCCCAGCCUGCUGCCCGGACACACGCUCAGCGUCGUGUGGAGGGACUCCAGCUGUAACUCUAAAGUGGCGGCGGGAGCUGCAGUCGAGCUGAAAGUCCAGGAAGACGUAGAUGUUCUUUUAGCGCCACCGUGCGCCGAAGCCUGUAUCCAGUCUAGCCAGUUGGCGGCCUACUGGAACAUGCCGACCAUCUCCUGGUUACCGGUGGACCCGCAGCUUGAGAACAAGGCCCUGCUGAAGACCCUCGCCAGGACAUUCGUGCCCUCCAACAAGUUCGGCGUGGCGGUGGUGGAACUGCUCAAGCUGUGGUCUUGGAAAAGGCUCGGCAUCUUCUCGGAUUCCGGCUUCCUGUGUAAGUCGUCCACCGAGUCCCUGAAGCAGUACCUCGCCGCGAACAACGUGACCCUGGCGGGGGAGUACUCCUACGACAUCAAGUACCUGGACCCGCAACUCAUCUCCGAGAAGCUCAGGAUCCUCAAGCAGAACGCCAGGAUCAUCUACAUGUGCCACCCCUCCAUACCAGUGGAACGGUCCAUCCUCCUACAGGCCCAUGAACUUGAGAUGACGUCAGGCGAUUACGUCCUCAUCAAUGCCAAGUUGUCUAUCGAGGUCAAAGUUGACCAACCCUGGAGCAGUGACGACGGGCGAAACGCAGAGGCUAUCAAGGCGUAUGAGUCUGUGCUGGAGAUCGGGAUAAAGUUUCCUAACGAUCCUGCAGCCCAGCGAGUUCGGGACGACAUUCCCAAGAUAAUGGCCCAGGAGCCCUGGAACUAUCGCCUCGGCCUGUCUCUUGGGCUAAAGGGAGGAUUUGCGGCCCUGUACCUGCACGACGCUGUUCUGCUGUACGCCGUUGCGCUGAACGCGACCCUCGCGGCUGGGGAGGACCCGCGGGACGGGGGGAAGAUCUUACAGCACAUGAAGGGGACUAUGUUCAAGGGCACGUCAGGGUACGUGACUAUGGACGGCCGUGCGGACCGGGAGCCAGAGUUCAUGGUGUGGGACAUGGCGCCUAACGGCAAGUUCGAGGUGGUCGCUGAGUACGGCGUGGCGGUCAGCGGGCAGAGGAGGAUGGUGCAGCUGAGAGCAGUGGACUGGGGCAAUGGGGAGACCACACCACCGGCGGACGCACCCAAAUGUGGCUUCAAAGGCGAGCUCUGCGCGCCAAAGACACAAGGACGGGGUAGGAUCACCGUCAUCGUAUGUAUAGUGGCUGGCCUCCUACUGGUCGUCGGAGGAAUUGCAGCGUAUUAUCAACGGAAGAAGAAAUUCGAGGCCGACCUGAGCAGCAUGUCGUGGAGGAUGAACUUCGAGGAUAUCGACUUUUCUGCCGCCACGAAACAACUCAUGAGUCAGAUGAGCAUGAAGAGCAAGGGUACCUCCGGGUCGCGCAGCCAGGGCACGGGAGCGCCGUCCAAGACCACCCCCAGCCUGUACAGUGGCAAAAAGUCCACGCGUGCGCCUCCGCAGUGCGGCCGGUACGAGGGAAACUACAUCGCCGUGAAGAACGUGCGCAAACUGCAUAUCCAGGUAGACAAGGAACAGCUGCUGGAGUUUAAAGAGGCCAACCACGAAAACCUCAACCGCUUCAUCGGCGCAUGCGUGGAAGCGCCCCACAUCUGCCUGGUGUACGAAUUCUGCCCAAAAGGGAGUUUACAGGAUAUUCUGGAAAACGACGAUAUCAAGUUGGACAACAUGUUCAAACUCUCCCUGUUGUCAGACGUAGUGAAGGGUAUGGAGUACCUCCAUAGGUGUGCCGUGGCGUCCCAUGGUUCUUUGCGGUCCAACAAGUGUUUGAUUGACAACCGGUGGAUGGUGAAGAUCACGGACUUCGGCAUGGCGCGCUUCAAGGCCAACCAGGCCGAGAACCCGGAAGUCGGCGAGCACGAGGAAUACAUGAAGCUGCUGUGGACGGCCCCGGAGCUGCUGAGGAUGCCUUGCCCGCCGCUGAAGGGCACGCAGAAGGGAGACGUGUACAGCUUCGCCAUCAUCACACAGGAGGUCAUCAGCAGGGGGCAUCCGUACUGCGCCAACGACGCCACGCCCAGAGACAUCGUGGAGCGAGUGCGGAUGGGGACUAACCCGCUUGUGCGGCCGGUGGUGGACGAGGAGGGGGCCAGUCAGGAGGUCUGCACACUCAUGAAGCGCUGCUGGUCAGAGGCGCCGGAGGCCCGCCCUGACUUCAAGGCCAUCAGGAAGAUAUUCCGGAAAUGUAACAAAGGACGAGACGCGAACGUGAUGGACAACAUGAUCGUGAUCAUGGAGAAGUACGCGGCCAACCUGGAGUCGGUGGUGGCGGACAGGACCAAGCAACUGGUGGAGGAACAGAAGAAAACGGACAAGCUGCUGCACAGUAUGCUGCCCAGGCGAGUACCAAGCACACUUUCCCUGCGUAUCCACAUCAGUACGGAGCUGAAGCGUGCGCUGGACGAGAUGGGCGGGUUUAAGGUGGAGCACCGCGGCCAGAUGGAGAUUAAAGUUGAGACGGUGAAUGACUCCUACAUGGUCGUAUCGGGGAUCCCCGACAGGAACCCGGACCACGUGGAUCAGGUGGCCACGAUGUCGCUGAACCUGCUGAGUGAGGCUGCGCAGUUCACCAUUCGGCACCUGCCGUCUGCGCAGCUGCUUCUGCGCAUCGGCCUACAUACGGGACCUUGCGCCGCGGGGGUUGUCGGUCUGUCCAUGCCUCGGUACUGUCUAUUCGGGGACACGGUCAACACAGCGUCUAGGAUGGAGUCAAAUGGGAGAGCCCUGCGUAUCCACAUCAGUACGGAGCUGAAGCGUGCGCUGGACGAGAUGGGCGGGUUUAAGGUGGAGCACCGCGGCCAGAUGGAGAUUAAGGGAAAGGGGAUGCAGGACACCUUUUGGCUGGUCCACAAGCAGGGAUUCCACAAACCACUGCCCAUGUCUCCUCCCGAAGACUUGGUGGCCGGCGGGAUCGUGCCCAAGUCUUCCGUCACGUUCACGUUCAACGCUUGACGACAUCACGUCACUUCCGUGUUGUGUGACGUCACUUCCGUGUUGUGUUGAACAUGUUCAGCGUGUAACAUGCGAUAAGGCCACACCAAUUUAAUUUGUUGCUUCUCGGAUUCCAUUUUUUUCUGAUUUGUAAAAAAAUAAGGUUUUAGGUUCUGAAUCAACUGCAAGAUGCUCAAUAAAAGACAUGUUUUGGGCCCUACAGUUGAGGAAAGUCCCUUUCUUCCUAAUUGUUAAAGUUUUUCGAUGUACCAAUGCAACUUAGUGUCAUUUAAAGUUCAAAAUCUGUUGUUUUAAUUAUAAACCAGACUGGUAUGUUGACUUCAUGACUCAUUUCGUAGCAUUUAUGGCUAGCUAUCAUGGGGAGUUUUUUUUCGCCCACUCGCUUCAUCUUUUUUUCUGAAAAAAUCCGAGAAGCAACAAAUUAAAUUGGUGUGGCCUAAGGGAGCAUGUACGCCGGCAGAACGUACUGCAUCUGCCCGAAACCCGUAAUGUAUUAGAGUAGAGUAGAGUAGACUAGUCUCUUCUGUCUGGUAGGACUGUCGAUGUCCAGUCAAGAAGAGCGGCCAAGAAGAGUAUUGUGCAUAGCACUUCAGGAGAACGUCUCAUAUGAGGUCGUAUUCGCGUAUAUAGCUAUCGCUAUCACUUAACACUUUAUAUAUAAAUUAUAAUAUAUCUAAGGUUGACAACCCCCCCCCCGGCUA